AUGUAUGAAAUUGGGGAUGAAUUUAGUGACAGAGGCCAUUCACCGGAAGAACUACCGCAAAAGGAAAAACCAAAAGAGGACAUUGCUGAGUGUGAAACUCAAAAUGAAAAAAAGGAAAAGCUCAAAGAGACAGUGGCCAACCAUGUGGUUGACAGUGAGGAGCCAGCGGAGACCCCACCAGAGAGCCCACCAGAAGACACUCGCCCCUGCACCGCUCCACAGGAAGAGGUAUCAAAGAGCUUUCACUCCUCAGUUCAGGUGAUGAAAGUCCUGUUGAAUCCCACGCUUGACCGGUGUAACAGCCUACCUGAAGUUUCUCCAGUGUACGGACGUAAACUGAGCACCUCAGCCAGAGGUCUCCUGGAUUGCCUCGCAAAGCUGCAGUUGAUAGACUUUGAUCCCAACGACGAUGCAAACGCCAAGGACACAAGGUACAGAGAGCUAAUGAACAUCCUCCAGUCCCUCUGGUUGUGUGACCCAGCAGAAGGUGGAAUGCAACAGCAGAAUGGCUGUGAUCAACACUCUGUGGACGGUGAUGGGAAAGCAAGGUCCUCCUCUGGGGUGGACGUCAGCAGUGGCUCAACAGGCUCAGGCAGUGUGGCUCAGGCAAGGAACGCAGAGGGGGAAGCGUUGGUGAAGGUACAAGAAGUUGAUGAAAUGGCACAGAAAGAUGAAAGCCGAGAGUCGUCAGCACCAAUGCCUGAUACAGCCACUCCYGACAUAGCCAGUCGGGUCCAGUGGACCCCCGAAGAAGGAGGAGAAGGACCAAUAGCAGUGGAGGAAGAGAAACAAAAAGAUGAAGACGUUCCGGAGUCUGAUGACACCAUUAUAAAUGAAAGUCUGAGAGAAUUACCAGAAACACCCCCGUCUUCCAAUAAGAGCUCAGACCCUCGAGAGGACACAAGCUCUGGUUCUCCUCCAUCUGUCCAAAGGGCACAACUAGCCAAAAAGGUUUCCCUGGAUCCUGAUCCUGUCUGGGUCUUGAAGUUACUGAACAAACUAGAGAAGCAGUUCAUGACACAUUAUAUGGAUGCCAUGGCUGAGUUCAAGGUUCGCUGGAACUUGGACAACAACGAACAGCUCAAUGCCAUGAUAGCUGAACUGAAAGAUGAUGUGAGGGGGAGAAUACAACUAAGCAUCGACAGGGAACUGAGGAAGAUCCACGGUCGAGCUGGAAGACCAAGACCACCCAAAGAAGCCUUGUCACGAGAAUCAAAUGCACAAACAGAGACAAGGCGAAGAAGACUGAAAGUCGUGCGUGACCGGUCCAUUGAUAACCGGGAGGAUAAAAGUGACGAUGCAACCUGCACUUCCUUCAGUGACCAACGGAGUGAUGAUGAAUAUUGCCCUUGUGAAGCAUGUUUACAAAAGAAAAUGGAAUUGGGGCCACUGCUUCCUGCAGAAGUCCUGCAUACUGCACCAGUCAUCAUGGCGUUUGAUCUAAAGUCAAUUCUUCAGUUGAAAAAGGAACUUACUCCAAAGACACAAGAAGCUGAUGUUACAGAUGACACCGAAACGGUGGUAGUGAAAGCUGGCAUUACACAUGCUUUUGAUUUAAAGUCAAUUCUCCAGUUGAAAAAGGACAGUCCACCACAGAUACAAGAAGAAGUCAAUGUUGCAGAUGAGACUGAAGGUUUGGAUGAAGCCAAAGCAGCGGAAACUCUUGUUGAAAAUGUUAUCAAUGAGGCUAAGAAGGAGAUGGAGGAAUCACAACAAAAAGAUGCUGAAAUGGGUGACAAAGCUGAGACAGUAGAAGCUGAUGUAGAAGCGACAGCUGAAGGUGAAGCAAUAGAAGAGGGCGAAGCUGAAACAGAUACUGCUGAAGAUGAAGCAGAUGAAGAAGAAACUGUUGAAGCUGAGACAGCAGCUGAUGAAGCAGAGGGAAAGGAGGUGGAUGCUGAAUCAGAGAAUGCUGAAGCUGAGAUAGAUGAAGAUGAAGCAGGAGAGAGUGGUGAUGAGAGUGGUAAAGCAGAGACAGCYGUGUAUUAUGACGCCGGGGAAGAGGAGGAAGUUGAAGCAGAGACAGGUGAAGAUGAAGCAUUAGAAGAAGAAACUUCUGAAGCAGAAACAGCAGCUAAUAAUGAAGCAGCAGGAGAAGAGGAGGAAGCUGAAGCAAAAACAACAGAAGCUGAGACAGCAGAAGAUGAAGCAGGAGAAGAAGAAACUGCUGAAGCAGAGACAGCAGCUGAUGACGAAACAGUAGGAGAAGAAGAGGCAUCUGAAGAAGACACUGCAGGAGAGGAAGAAGUUGAAGCAGAGACAGGAAAAGAUGAAGUUGCAGAAAAAGAAACUGAUAAAGUGGAGACUGUUAUAGCAGCAGGAUCAACACCAGGAGAAGAGGAGAGCACUGAAGCAGCUGAUAAUGAAAUGUCAGGAAAGGAGGAAUCUGAAGCUGAAACUGCAGAGGCAGAGACAGCUGAUGUAACUGCAGAAGAAGAUGAGACUGCGGAGGUAGAGGCAGCUGAAGAGYAGACUGCAGGAGACGAGGAGAGUGCUGAYGCAGAGACAGCGGGAGAUGAAGCAGGAGAGGAGGAGACUGUUGAGGCAGAGACAGAUGAUGGAACAGCAGGAGAAGAGACUGCUGAAGUAGAAGCAGCUGAAGAGGAGACUGCAGGAGACGAGGAGAGUGCUGAGGCAGAGACAGCUGACGAGGAAACUGCAGAAGCUGAAACUGUUGAAAAUGAAACAGUUGAAGGGGAGGAGGAUGCUGAAUUUGAGGCAGCAGAAGAGGAAGCUGCCAGAGAUGAAGAGACAGUGGAGGCAGAGGCAGAAACCAAUGAUGAUGCAGCAGGGGAAGAAGACGCCYACAAUAAAACUGCAGGGGAAGAGGAGAUUGCUAAAGCUGAGACUGCAGACGAUGAGACACCUGGAGAAGAUGAAACCACAGGGAAUGAGUCCUCAGAAAAUGAAACAACUGGCGAUGAGUCGGCCGAAAUUGAAACAACUGGAGACGAGUCGGCACCAGCUGAAACUGCAGGAGAAGGGACAGCUGACGAUGAAACAGUAGGAGAGGAGGAGGGUGCUGAAGCUGAAACAGCUGAGGGAGAAGAGCAGACAGCCGGAGAUGAAACUGGAGGAGAUGAGAAUGAAAAUGCAGGAGAAGAAUCGGCAGAAGCUGAGGCAGUAGAAGACAACGCAGCAAGGGAAAGAGCUGAAGGUGAAGCUGAGGAGAAUGUAGAAAAGGGGGAGGAUGAAACAGCAGAGGAAAAAGAGCCUGUAUUUGAGUCAAACAUUGAGGAGACGGAUUGUCAUGAUGACGUAUCGGAGAUAAAAGCAGACGACGAGGCAGAGGAGGGAGAAACAACAGACCAGGAUAUGGUCCCGGAGGAGACAGGAACAGAACAAGAAGAUGAUGCAAAUGCUGGAGACAAUGCAGGAAACGAGGCAGAAGAAGCAAAUACAAUCAAAUUAAACGCAGACAGCGAGGACUUUGAAAAUGGAAGCCAAGACCAAACCAAUGAAGAGGAUUGCUGCGGAAACUUUGGGUACUCAGCCGACGGAGAAGAUGAAGCUGAGGAUGAGUCUGAUUUGGAAAUAUCGACAGAUGAGGGAGAACAAUCAGAGGUGCCAGCUAUCAGGGAGGGCAACGUGAAGGAAACUGUUGAGGAAACUCCAAUGACCUCAUUCGAUGCCUUGGCCAGAGCAGAGUACUCUGAAGACAGUGCUUACGCCGAUGUUGAGGAUUCAGAGACUGAAGGUAACAACGAGGAGUCAGAGGCACAAGAGCACAAACCAGAAGAGGAGGAGGGUGAUACCUCAGCAGAGGCUGAGCUUCAGGUUGAAGAAACUCCAGUUGAGGAGCUGCAGGAGGAGGAAGAAGAGGAGGAGACUCCAGUUGAAGAGCUGCAGAAGGAGGAGAAGGAGGAGGAGACUCCAGUUGAAGAGACUCCUGUUGAGGAGCUGCAGAAGGAGGAGAAGGAGGAGGAGACUCCAGUUGAAGAGACUCCUGUUGAGGAGUUGCAGGAGGAAGCGGAGGAGGAAGCUGAGGAGAUGGAAGAAGUUGAGGAGACUCCUAUUGAGGAGCUGAAGGAAGAAGCUGAGGAGGAGCAGGCUGGAAUGGAGGAGGAGGCUGAGAAGGAUGCAGCUGAAGAUGGUGCUGCUGAGGAGGAGCAGGAAGAAGUUGAGGAGCAGCAGGCAGCAGCUGAGGAGGAAGCUGAGGAGGAAACUGCUGAAAAUGAGGCUUCUGAUGAGGAAGAACAGGAGGAAGGGGUGCAGGAGCCGGAAGCUGAAGAGAUUGAGGAAGCUGAGGAUGAUACUGCUGAAUACAGCGAUGCUGUUGAGGAAGAUCCAGCUGAUGAGGGGGAUGACGUCACAAGCCAAGGACAGUCUGAAGACGACAGUGAUAGUGAUGGACCUUCUGGGACAUCUAGAAAAAGUGGUCAGCCCACCGAGUCUUCCAUGGAAUCACAACCAGGCUCACUGGACAACGUCCUGAAUGAAGAGGCAGAGACAGAAUCCAACAGCGAGAAGAGUUCACAGACAGGUUCAGGGGAAGGGUCGAGCCACCACCUCUCUGUGAAGAGCAACCAGAUGUACCCUACAGACACAGAGGACGAAAGCAGGGUGUCAGAAUGCACAGAGGCAGUCAGCGAGGUCCUCGAGCGACAAGUCAUUUCCCCAAAGAAGAAGACUCCGAAGAAGUCUCCGGCAAGAUCUGUAAAGUCAAACAAGGCCAAGUAAAGUGACAUUGAUUAAAUACGAUAUUGAUUUCUAAAACUUCACUAUUACAACUACUGCUGUUUAAUAAUAACUUAAUCAAAUAAAGAUCAAAGCACUUUAUUUCAAUACUACUCGUCACAUGACACAGGACAGUUAAAAAAAGGGAAUGUUUUAAAACUUGAAAUAUGCACACUGAAAUUAGUGGUAUUCUCUUCUAUAUUCACAAAACAGAAAAUAUAUUUUCCUGGAAGAUUAUUGAUAUUUAUUUUUU